AUGCGUGCCUCUAUCCGUGCUGCUCUCCUCGUCGCCGCCGCCGCCCUUGUGGCCCUCCAGGUGGCUCAGCCCGUUUCGGGUCACCUUGUCGACCAUGAGGCCUUCGAGAACGCGACCCCUACCCUCUACGACUACUCUCGUCGUCAAAAUGAUGAAGGCACUGCCGUUCCCACGUCUACCUCGACUGUCGUACCUACCGCCACUGCUGCCCCCGGUGCUCGGUGCCGCAGGGCCGCAGACUGCGCUUCGGGAGCAUGUAGUCAAGGCAGGUGUGUCCCCAAGACCGGUACGGGUCCCAACAACUCUUACUGCAACCGCGAUGCUCAGUGUGUCGGUGGCUCUUACUGCUACCGUGGUUCGUGCCAGUUUAUCAAGAGGAACGGUUCCCCUUGCUACAAGGACUCUGGUUGUCUUAGCGGUAACUGCAUUAACAAGCGCUGCAUCGCCAACGCUUCGCAGCGCAACGGUGCCCGAUGCACCAAGUCGACUCAGUGCGUUAGAGGUUCCUUCUGCUCCAACAGCAAGUGUGCGACCAUCAGGACCGUUGGCAAGUACUGCUACAAGGACCAGGGUUGCACUUCGGGCCACUGCGUUCGCAACAGGUGCUCUUCUCGUGGUCUUGCUAAGCUCGGCCAGCACUGCACUUCCAACAGUAGGUGUAUCUCGAACUUCUGCUUCAAGAGCGCUUGCCGUGCUAAGCGCAGCCGCAACCAGCCUUGUUCACUCAACGACACCUGUCUUAGCGGUCGUUGCCGCAGAAACAAGACUUGCGCUUAA